GUCCUCUCUAUUGUUUGUUAUUAAGGCUUCCACACAUUCUCUCAUUUGAAGACCUAAAACACAGAUGAUGAAAUCGCCUUUUUCUUCACUAAGUCGAUUCAUCGAGAUGAUGAAGAAGACAAAGAAGUGGAUCUGUAUGGGCUUUUAACUCUAUCGUCCUCUCUAUUGAUUGCUUUGAUAAAAUCUAGGUGGGUUGUGAUGGUGGCGGUAUAAGGUGGUUUUGGUGGUGGGUAUGAUGGCAGCAGUGAUGGCACCACCACUCUUCCGAAACAAGCCCAAAAUCCCAAUUCAGAGAAAAAAUAAAUCUGAGAAUGAACCGACACAGCCACCUACGGGACCACUCACCACCAUCGGACACAAAACUGUGUUAGAGUUGUUAAUUGCUACGCAUCAAAUGGGGAUUUUGACGUUUCUAAGAUUCAAAUCGAACAGGGGAUUGGCGUUUCUAACAUUCAAAUCGAACAGAAUCGCAGACAGAGGAAAGAAAAGAAACUUGGCGACCAAACCUGAAGCCUAACCAUCAGAGGUUUGAUUUUGAUUUCUUUUUGCAUUUUUGCGGUCAAAGAUGGGUGAAGACAUAUCUGGAGGAGACGGGUCUGUGAAAUGAGUUGAAAGGUAGUGAAAAAACUAUGAGAGGAACUGGUGUUCUCUUUGGGUAAAAUGAUCUAUUGGCCAAGGCACCGACAAAUAUAUCUAUGGUCACAGUUAGAGGCUACUGAGAAACACAAUGCUGCUAAAUAAUCUUGGCAACCAAGAUAUUGAAACCAAUGAGUGCAUGGAGAGGCGUGGUGGAUGUUGGCAUGCCAAAGAGCAUAUUUGACUGAUGG